AUGUCCCUGCACGGACGUCUCCAUCUCGCGCCUCUGAAAGAAGAAAGCCUACAACACGCCCUCGAUUUUGGAACAGGGACCGGAAUCUGGGCCAUGGAAUUUGGUACGCCCUUUAUCAUAGCCCAGCCAUGCGUUCCUUUAGAUCUUAGACAUAAAUAAGGUUGAGGUCGUUGACAAAUGAGUAGCGCAGAAAUACCCAAAUUGCAAAGUGAUAGGAAAUGACUUAUCACCUAUACAACCAGAAUUGUAAGUCGGGAAUGGAUACCUAUGACGAUGGGAAGGGGUGAAGUAAAUGAGAGAGAAUCGCUGACGAAAAUAGCGUAACCCAGAAUCUGGAAUUUGAGGUUGACGAUGUCGAAGAUGAAUGGGUGUACGCCCACAAAUUCGAUUUCAUCCACGGACGAUUAAGUAAGCUCCUUCCUUCUCCCACCUAUCUCCUCCCGAAACACUUCAAGCGAGGGAAAUAAGCUCAAAACUGCAAUCAUUUCAACCAGUUCUUUUAAUCAAAUUACUCUUCCAACCUAACAACAACAGUGGCAUUCGCCCUAACCUCCCCCCUCACUCUUUUCCACCGCGCCUUCACCUCCCUUUCCCCCGGUGGAUACUUCGAAAUGCAAGACCCCGCACCCCCAAUCCGCGCCUUCGACAGCACCCUCACCCCCUCCCCCGCCCUGCUCCGUACCGCCGUCCUCCUCUUAACCGCCACUCAAAAAGCAGGGAUCGAUAUCACAGCCCCCUCUCGCUACGCCUCCAUGAUGGCUGAAGUCGGGUUCGUGGAUGUAAAAGAGGUGGUUAUCAAUUGGCCCGUAGGCACGUUGGCCAAAGGAGAGUAUCAUAAGAAGUUGGGUGCGUGGUUUCGCAGGGAUAUGGAGGUUGGUGUUGAGGGGAUUCUUAUGGGGCUUUUUACUAGGGUUCUUGGGAUGGGGAGGGAUGAGGUUGGGGUUUUGGUGGAGGAGUUGAAAGGGGAGAUGAGGGAUGAUGGGUUGCAUGCUUUUCAGCCUUUGUGA